AUGAAGUUUAAACUUUUUCUAUUUGUGUGUGCCAUCCUUACCUAUUCUAAGACACUCGCUCAGAAUCGAGUUAAGCUAGAAGAAAAGGUACAGCAGCUUACAGAUUUCACAGCUAAGACGUCAAUAAUUCCGUUAAAUUUGAACAGAUUUAAGGAGUAUGUGAAAUCACCACCUAGAGACUAUUCCUUCAUAGUAAUGUUCACUGCUAUGGCACCCUCGCGUCGCUGCGCUAUAUGCCAGCACGUCUAUGAUGAGUAUUUAUUAGUCGCCAACUCCUUUAGAUUUUCCCAAUCUUAUACAAAUAAACUCUUCUUCGGUAUGGUUGAUUUUGAUGAGGGAUCUGAUAUUUUCCAAAUGUUAAGAUUGAAUACAGCCCCUGUAAUUAUGCACUUUCCUGCUAAAGGAAAGCCAAAACCUGCAGAUUCUAUGGAUUUUGAAAGAGCUGGUAUUCAUGCUGAAGCUAUAGGCAAAUGGAUAAAUGACAGGACUGAUGUACAGAUAAGAGUAUUUAGACCUCCAAACUACUCAGGAGCAGUUGCAUUUACUUUACUAUUUGUGCUUGUGGCUGCAUUCUUAUAUCUAAGGCGCAACAACUUGGAGUUUUUGUACAACAAACAAAUGUGGGCAGUUGCUGCUCUAUUUUUCUGCUUUGCUAUGGUUUCUGGACAGAUGUGGAACCAGAUCAGAGGCCCUCCCUUCUACCAUAGAACCAAGAGUGGACCAGUUUACAUUAAUAGUGGUUCACAUGGACAAUUUGUGUUAGAAAGCUACAUUGUUGCUGCAUUAAAUGCUGCUGUAGUGGUUGGUAUGAUCUUAAUGAUAGAAUCAGCUGGUGGAGUAAAAGGCACUGAAGCAAAAAGUCCCCAAGAAGGAAAGAAACGACGGUUUCAGUCUGUAGUUGGACUAGUACUUGUUUGUGUUUUCUUUUCAUUGCUGCUGUCCGUGUUUAGAUCCAAGACACAGGGGUACCCUUAUAGGUAA